CUUCUUUCACUUCCAAAAUUGUUUUAUUGCUGUCUUUGUAAGAUAUCAAUAGUUCAAGGGAUUGGGAGUGGGGCAGAGACAGAGAGAGGAGGGGAUGGAGACCAAGAGAGAGAAAGAGAAACAGAGACAAAAAGAAACAACAACACAAAACCAUUUGCACACCAGGCUGGGCGUGGUGGCACAGACCUAUAAUCCCAGCCCUCUGAAGACUAAGAAUAGAAGAGAGUGAGUUUGGGGCUGUCAUGGACUACAUAGUAAGGUACAGUCACAAACAAGCAAUGGAACAAAUUUUAAAAAUGUAGUGGCUAUUCCUGGUUGUCAGCUUGACUAUAUCUGGAAUGAACUACAAUCCAGAAAUGGAAGGCUCACCUAUGAUCCUAAUCUGGAGGCUCAGAGAUACAUGUUUCUGACCUGGACCUUGGCAUGGAGAUCUUGAAGCAUAGUGCCUUUGAAUUCCAGAAGAUUAAGACAAAGAGAUCUCCGAGUUCAGGGUCAUCUGGGAUGAAAGACACUGUGGCACACACCUUUAAUCUGGACCACACCCUCUGCUGGAGACCUACGUAAGGAUAUUGGAAGAAGGAAGAUUCACUCACUCUUCCCUGCCUGCUUGCCUCAUGGGACUGAGCAACUGCUAGAUCCUUGGACUUCCAUCCACAGCUGCUGCUGACCAUUGUUGGGGAGUUGGACUAUAAGCUAAAAUGGGAGGCAGAAGCCAGAGAAUACUUGGGAGCGUGAGGGCCCAUAAGCCUGCAGCAUAAAGCAGAAUUCCUCAAAGAAACCCUGCUUCAAACAAGAAAGACAAAUGUGCUAAUGACAGCCUGCUGGACAUGUCUGGAUCUGUGGUUGUGUGACUCGCUGCAGAAUCGGGGUGGUCUUCUGUGUAUGAUCAAGUCAUCCUGAGGUUAUACCAUGCAGGUUCUGCCAAGGGACAUCGUGGGGGAGAAGUGUGUGGGCGGCCAUGGACAGCAGGCAGAGAAACAGAUGUAUAUGGCUGUUUUGCCUGCUUGUGUGCUGUGCGGCUCAUGCAUGUUCGGUGUAUACAAAGCCAGAAGAGAGUCCUCCAGAACUGGAGCUGCAGGCUGUUCAUGUGGAAUCUCCAGGAAUCAAACUCAGGUUAGUGAGUGCAAGCACCUUUACCUGCUAAACCGUGUCACUGAGCCAACACUUCUUUUUCUUGAAGACAUACAGGAAUCCCAAAACCCUGAAGAAGGCUUUCACCGACCAGAAAAUGCGAAGUGGAAUUUUCGCAAGUCGGAAGCGGAGCCGCGACCCACAGCUGCACGCCGCCGCGCAUGUGCAGCCGCAUCAGAAACCCUUCAAGCUCAGUUUAGCUUCUGGGUUUCUAGCUAUCUGAAAACCCAAAGUGGAGUUUCUGGCUCUCCGGAAGGGAGCCCAGGCCGGGCGGCCAUACGCAACGGCGCGCGCGCGCGCGCGCGCGCGCGCACUCGCCCCUCCCACCCGGAACCGGAAGUGGGAGCGAUCGCGGCCUGGGGCCUGGCCUGGCCGGGGCGUCGGCAGCGGCGGCCAUCUUGGCUACCCGCGGAAAGGCAGUGUGAGGGGAAGAAGUUGUAGGGUGGGGGCGGGAGUGAGGAGGAGGAGGAGGAGGGCCAAGAGCGGAGGGGUGGAGGAGGAGGCCGCGGCGGGGCAGGGCGGGGACAGCCUGCCGGCCGGCCAGCCUGCUGGGCUUGCGGAAGUACUAGCCUACUGCUCACUCGCUACUGCUCGGGCUUCCCACAGCUCCCUCCCUUCCUCCCUCAGGACCGAGGGCGGCCCAGGCCAGUGCAUGGUCAGCUUGCUCACGUCUCUAUCCCCGGCCUCUCAGCAGCACGGAACGGACGGCAGCGGCGGGCGAGGAGGAAGAUGGCGGGACGGCUGCCGGCCUGUGUGGUGGACUGUGGCACGGGGUA